AUGUAACCGGUCAGCUGCGCUGUAUUAGUACGCUUCCUGGUUUUGCAAAUGAAAGCAGAAACUGCUGUCUUUUCCUUCACUAAAUUGACAUAAAUACAACACGUUUUCUCGCGCAUCAUCGUAGAUUUGAGCAGACCGGAUCCGGGACAACCGCAGCCGCGAAUAUGAACACAGAGAAAGACUUUUCGCCGUUGACGCCCAACAUCGUCCGGGCGCUGAAUGAUAAACUGUACGAAAAGAGGAAAGUCGCAGCUCUAGAGAUUGAGAAGCUGGUGCGGGAGUUUGUGGCUCAGAACAACGCCACUCAAAUCAGGCAUGUGAUCCAGAUUUUAGCCUCGGAGUUUGCCCUCUCACAGCACCCUCACAGCCGGAAGGGGGGUCUCAUUGGACGGGCAGCUUGCUCCAUCGCCCUCGGAAAAGAUUCGGGUCUGUAUCUGAAGGAGCUCAUUGAGCCUGUACUCACGUGCUUCAAUGACUCAGACAGUCGUUUGCGCUACUAUGCUUGUGAGGCCCUCUAUAACAUAGUCAAAGUAGCCAGGGGAGCUGUGCUUCCCCACUUCAACCUGCUUUUUGAUGGUCUGAGUAAACUUGCAGCAGAUCCUGACCCAAAUGUAAAAAGUGGAUCUGAACUCCUGGAUAGACUACUGAAAGACAUAGUCACUGAAAGCAACAGUUUUGACUUAGUGGCAUUUGUUCCACUGUUAAGAGAGAGAAUCUAUUCCAAUAAUCAGUAUGCCAGGCAGUUUAUAAUUUCUUGGAUUCAUGUUCUGGAGUCUGUGCCAGACAUCCACCUGUUAGACUAUCUCCCUGAGAUCCUGGAUGGGCUCUUCCAGAUCAUGGGAGACAAUAGCAAAGAGAUUCGAAAGAUGUGUGAGGUUGUGCUGGGAGAGUUUCUAAAGGAGAUUAAGAAGACUCCCUCCACUGUGAAAUUUGCUGAGAUGGCCAACAUACUGGUCAUCCACUGCCAGGCUGCCGAUGAGACCAAACUCACAAAUGAUCUGAUCCAGCUGACAGCUAUGACAUGGAUGAGGGAGUUCAUCCAGCUAGCAGGCAGAGUGAUGCUUCCAUACUCUUCUGGCAUCCUGACUGCAGUUCUGCCUUGCCUUUCCUAUGAUGACAGAAAGAAGAAUACAAAAGAAGCAGCCAGUGCUUGUAAUCACAGUCUAAUGAAACUGGUGACUCCUGAAGAUGAUGAAGAAGAGGAGGAAGAAAGACGUGGAAGCACAGAGUCACCAUCCAAGGAAAACGACAAGCCCAAAACGGAAACAGACAGCAAUGAUAUGCUGAAUGCAUCUCAGGAGUCUGCUGAUUUCAGUAAUAUUAGUUUCUUCACACCAGCAACUGCUGAUAGGCCUCAAGUAACUCUGGACCUGGAUGGCAUUGUUCAGGUGUUGGAUCGCCACCUUCAUGACUCCUCCACUGGAAUGAUGACCCGCAUAGCUGUGCUUAAAUGGCUUUAUCACCUCUACAUCAAGACACCACGCAAAAUGUUCCGCCACACAGACAGUCUGUUUCCCAUGCUACUAAAAACCCUGUCUGAUGAGUCAGAUGAGGUCAUACUAAAGGAUCUGGAAGUCUUAGCUGAGAUAGCAUCAUCCCCUGCUGGCCAAACAGACCAAGCUUCCUCUUGUGACAGCACUGACAAUAAGGUGGUGCUCAAGGUGCCAGAGGGUGUGAAGCCUGGACAGCAGCCCAGCACAGGAUCCAAGGCAGUGGACUCAUCCCCCUCUACUCCCAGCAUGAAUUCCUAUUUUUACAAGUUCAUGAUCAACCUGCUGAAGCGUUUCAGUCUGGAGAGAAAGCUUUUGGAGAACAGAGGAGCUUUCAUCAUCAGACAGUUGUGUCUGUUGCUUCAUGCAGAGAAUAUCUUCCACUCCAUGGCUGACAUCUUGCUGAAGGAGGAGGACCUUAAAUUUGCCUCCACUAUGGUUCAGACACUCAACACCAUUCUGCUCACCUCUGCUGAACUCUUUGAGUUGCGCAACCAGCUGAAAGAACUGCACACUCAGGAGAGCUGUACUUUGUUUUGCUGCCUGUAUCGUUCCUGGUGCCACAACCCUGUGGCCACUGUCUCACUUUGUUUCCUCACACAGAACUACAAGCAUGCUUAUGAUCUGAUCCAAAAGUUUGGAAAUCUGGAGGUUACGGUUGACUUUCUGAUGGAGGUUGACAAGCUUGUACAGCUCAUCGAAAGCCCCAUUUUUACAUACCUGCGUCUGCAGCUCCUUGAUGUGGAGAACAACCCAUACCUGAUAAAGGCACUGUAUGGUCUGCUGAUGCUGCUGCCUCAGAGCCAGGCCUUUCAGCUCCUCUCCCAUCGCCUGAGUUGUGUCCCCAACCCAGAGCUCAUGAGGACUGUAGAUGAAUCCAAGUAUAUGGACUCUAAACAGCAAGUGGCUUCCAGACGUGCCUCUCAUUCUCAGGUGGAUUACAGCGAGCUGCUCCAGCAUUUUGACCGUGUCCAGAGUAAACACCUUGAGGUCCGACACCAGCGUUCUGGACGCGCCUCUGAUCACCCUGACAGGAAGCUGAUGUGAAGUUAUUAUGCCAUAGUGACCUCUGAUUGAAGGCAGUGAGAAGAAAGUGUAAGACAAAUGUCAAGCAGAGAAAUAGCAAUAUGGUUGUACUGGGGAAGAUAAGAAGUGUUACCGAAGCCAAAUAGUAUAUAAAUAGUAAGUACAGUUAUAAAUGUUACACAGUAAAACACUGGGUUAAGAUAAAAGAUAAAAAAAUUAAUUCUGAUAUGUCUAUGAUUUUAAGCAGAAUGCAUAUUUAAUACAUGUCUCACUAUAACAAGGCAAAUUAAUAGUUACUUUGUUCUGUGUAAAUUUAGUAUGGAAAAUGUACAUAGUUGUUCACCAGUCAUCUAAUACUGGUCACAAUAUGACCAUAUUCUGAGUUCCUUUCAUACCCUGUCAGCCGACUUUUCUUUUAAAGGUAAAUUAAACAUUUGCAAUGUUUCAUGUUAAACUGACAAUCAUUUAACUGAAUAAUUUACUCAGAGUUAAAUUGUGCACUUAUGUAAUUCAAUUUCCAUAUGAGUUAAUGCAUUUUUAUGAUAUAUUCUGUUUAGCAGCACUACUAGAGCUCGUGUUCAGGUUGGCCUUAAUCUGACUUUAGGCAGAAAAGAAAUGAAAUUGUUGGGUGUUGACUGAGCUAAACUGAGAUGUUAAACUUGAAGGAACUGAUGAAUGGUAUAUGUUGCGGGUAGACCCAUGUAUGGGCACCCCUCUGUUUCAAAUGAUCAGAUAACUUACACACCUUCAGCAUUUAAUUCCAUUUCCUUCUUAUGCUUUUUGGUACAGUGUUCAUUCUGUUUUCUUAUUGAUGUUUGCCUUAUUUUUUGCACUUUUGUCAUUCCCAUGUGAAAAUUAUUAAAGUGGACCAUGUGAAUAGAAACAUUUCAUUUUUUUCCCCUCGAAAUUCAUACAUUAAACUAUA